AUGAACGGACGAGACCAAGAUCGUCCAGGCCCAGCGACAGCUAAGCGGCCGGCCAAGUCAGGGCCACAACCAGGCAAACCCAAAGCUGGUACGAGACCUAGACCAGCCAAAGCAACAAAGCCGGCGAAGGGGAAGGCCCCAAACCCACCAAACCCUAAUAAGGGAAAGUCUGGAAAAGCUCCAAAUGCUGGUAAAGUUGCCAAACCAGCGCCUAAACCAGCCAAAAAGGGACCGAAUGGAAGUGCUAAUAAUGCGCCGAAGCCUACGCCGGUAAAUUCAGCCAAUAGAACGAAAACGGGAACGAGACCCCACGGAGCAACAAGAGUCAGAAAAGGUCAAUCUCAUCCAGCCAAUACCGUAUCUAAAUCACCUCUUUUACCGAACGAAAUCGCUGCCCUCAAACUGGGCUUGACGAUUGUGAAAGAUGGACAAGUGAUCGAACCUAGACUGAAUUCUAUGAAGAAGGGUACACGUCCACUUUCACCGGCAGCUUCAAGGGUAAUGGGAAAGGCCCCAAGGGCCAAUCAAGCUGCCGACACACAACGAAGCGCUCCCAAGGCAGCCUUUGAAAAUGCCAGUCAGCCUGUCAUUACAGGCUAUUCUCUGUCCGAAGAAGAAUCCGAUGGGGUCGAAAUCUUGGACGAUGACUCGGACGUCGAGGAAAUCAAAGAUGGCUCAGAUGAUUCGAAAUAUGAAAGCGGUUCUUCUUCUCCUAAGUCACAUGUUCUGGUAGAAGCUGCUGAUUCUAAGGAUGCUCCGAUCGAGAUCAUCCCCUCGGAGCAUGACGACAAUGCAAGCGUUGAAUCAAUAGUGGAUUUGACUCAUGAUGCUAAUUCUGAGGAAGUAAAGCUGAAAAGCAAAGAUGAUCAGCAUCAGAGCACAAAUCUCGAGAAAGAUGAGGAAGAAGAUUCAAUUGAAGGAAUGGUGUCACAAGACGGAUCCCAAUCCUAUGACUUUGAAAUAGAGACCCAAGGUGUGCUUCCACAGGUAGCAGAAAGCCCUAAACCGGGCUCAAAUGAAGGCGAAGCAUCUGCAAGUUCGGGCACCAAGAUUGCUGAAGAGCAGCCUCCAAAUGUUAUUCCUAACAACAUUCGUUCGACGCAGGCCCCAAAUAACUCCGGUCAUAACAGUCCUUUAGCUAAUAGCCCGCGUCUUAUGCUGCCUUCUCCUGCUGCAACAGUGGAACAAAAUUCUAGACCCGCCGUCGACAAGAAGCGACCUGUGGGAGCUUACGACUCAUCUGAAAGAAAGCGUCAGCGAAUGGAAAGGUUCUCGUCCCUGCCCCAAGUCUACACAACUACACCCAGCCUACCUGUCAAAAGAAGUAAUACACAAGGGUUUUUGGGACAUUCCACCGCCUUGGAAAAAUCUUUCUACAGACUUACGUCUGAGCCAAAUCCAGCCAACGUACGGUCACCAACUUUUCUUCAAAACUGCGUUCCCUACGUGGUGAACAGAUACAGGACAGAAGGCCUACUGUAUCAUUACAUCAACGACCAACUAAAAGCUAUUCGUCAGGAUUUGACUAUUCAACACCACAAAUCCCAAUUCACCAGACAUGUCUACCAAACGCAUAUUCGAAUUGCUAUAGAGAAUGCUGAUUUGGGUGAAUUCAACCAAUGCUUGUCGCAAUUGUUCAACUUGUACGCCAUGGACCCGGCAAACUUUGAGCUAUCAGAGUUUAUCGUUUACAAAAUACUCUAUAUGACAAUCACUGGAAACAAUCCUGAGAUUAAUAAGCUUCGAUAUAGGUUUCUUGGCCAAGAGGACAUCAAAGUUGGAAAGAAAUCAAGCGAGUUCGAUGAAUGGAUUAGACCAGCAUUGGACUUAUCCACAGCUGUCACGAAUGGUGACUACUAUUCCGUCUUCAAGUUGUACGAGAAGUUCAAAACGAGCAAUAAAAAGCAUGCAAUUCAAUUGCUAAAGGAUCACAUAAUAUCCAAGCAACGCUUCGUGACGCUCUCGAUGUUCUGCAAAUCAUUCAAAAGGCUAUCGACAGAGUUCCUUGGCCAGCAACUACUGUUGCAUUCGGAAGACGGUAGCAUCGCUCGAUUUCUAGAUGAAUUUCGUCUAGAUAGUUUUGUUCAUGGACCUGAUAUUGAUCUUGUGCAAGCCAAACCACAGAUCAAUUCCAUUCUUGAGCAAGGCGUCUACAUGAAGACUUCUUAA